AUGAGAGUUUUCAGCGGCAUUUCAGCGGCGGAUAUUGGGCUGGGAAGGCGCGCGGCGAAAGCACCUGUUUUCCGUUUGUUCGUUCGCUCGCGCUGGGAGAUAAGCAGGCGUCGGAGCCGCCGCGCUGACAGGAAGCGGGAGGGGGGGUCUCUGCGGGACCAGCACGAUGUGCCACAACGCUGCACUGAGCCCUCUGCAAACAGCCAGGGACCCGGGCGGGCCUCAGCCGAGAGUCUGUGGCUCCGUAUGGGACUCAACGCCACAGGGAUGGAGCCUGAGAUGAGCACCUCUGGCCCCUUCUAUCCCCCCUGCAGCAUGGAGGCUGGGGACCCUACCAGCACGAAGGGGAUGUAUGCUGCCCUGGGCCAGCCCAGCUGUGGCCCUGAGGGGAACCCAGCCCAGCAGGGCCAGCUGCCCAGGGCAGCGGGGGGCUCCUAUGGGCUCUGGCCCCAGAGGAUCGAGCCAGCCCACCGCAGGCUGGACCCCUUUGCCCAAGCCUUCCCCAACCCACCUUUCGGGAAGCCGUGGGUGCUGGGGACUCAGGCAUUCAGGAGCCAGGGCUUCAGCCUGCAGGAGAUAAUGGCCCAGCCGCCCCCUAUUGCCCCACAGGAGGGAUACCCCCCUGCUAGCCCCCUGCUGCUGCAACUCCCUGGAGGCCAGCUGGAGGGGUCAGGGCCUCCUCUGUCCUACUGCAGCCUCCCAGCGAGGCAGGGGCAGGGCGAAGGUGGGUACGGGCAGCAGCACAAGGAGCCCCCGCUUCCGUGCCUAUAUCAGGAGAACCAGCCUGCUAGCUACAGCCCCCCAGAGGGCUACCCGGGACCCGCUCCCCAGGGGCUCGCAGGCCCUGAGAUGUAUGCUGGGCUCCUGGGCCCCCCUGACUGGCCCCCUGAUGCCGCCCCCAGUCUCUGCUGCUACCAGGACACUGAGCGCUACUGCAAGGGGCUGGAGUUUCUCCCUGCUGGUUUUGCCCCAUGGCCAGGGGUCUCCCCUCAGGAGCCAGAGUCAGAGGUUGCUGCUGCCAGGCUGGGGCAUGAGCAGAGCCCCGCAACGGCAGGCCACACUGCCAUCCCCCAGGUUUCUGGGAGCUCCUUGGCGUCCAGUUAUCGGGGCACUCCUUAUUGGAGCCGGAUGCACCAGGCCAGGGGCCCCCCGCACUACACACCACCCCCGAUGCUCAACCCGCUGCGCCGAGGCACAGGGCUGUUUGCUGAGCUGGGCGCCUCGCUGGGCGGUGGCAGCCCCGACCCCGUCCAGUGCCUGGACGUCCCACAGAUAAAUGUGGGCCCCACGUUCCAGUCAGCACUGCCAGUGCUGCGGGACCCACACCUUGCCCGGCUGGACCCCCCGCAGGCCGAACUGGUCUGGAGGCCCUGGCCAGGGCUGGAGCAAGAUGCAGAGACCCAGCGCCAAGUGGAGACACUGCUGGACGUGGCUUGCUCUAGUGCCAUCCCUGGGGGUGGCACCAAUCAGGAGCUGGCGCUGCACUGCCUGUGCCAGGCUGGUGGGAAUGUCAUGGUUGCCUUGGAGACUCUGUUGCUGCGAACCCCAGUGUGGCCCAAAUGUCACCCUCUGGCCAGUUACCAUUACACAGGCAGUGACAUGUGGAGCACCCAUGAGCGACGCCUCUUCUCCAAAGCCUUUGCCCUGCACAGGAAGGACUUUGCCCAGAUUCAACGUGCGGUGCCCUCCAAGCGUCUGGCCCAGUGCGUGGAGUUCUAUUACCUGCACAAGAGCCGGCUGCGGCGCAGUCACAAGCGAAGUGGUGCCGGGUCAGAGACAGGCGCCAUCGUGGGCAGGGCCGGCCCCGGGCAGCCCCCACCUACCCCGGAGCUGCCUCAGGACUCGUCCCCUGGCUCCAGCUUUCCCUGCAAACGUUGCGGCAAGACGUUCUACAAGAUCAAGAGCCGAAAUGCCCACAUGAAGAUCCAUCGGCAGCAGGACGACUGGGGUGGGCAAGCGGGGAUACUGGGACCUGCCGCUCUCCCUGCCCCUCAUGCGGGGUGUCCCCCCUGGGCCAACACAGAGCCAGCCGAGCCUGUUGCUGAGGCCCUGGCCUGCCCUGGGCUGGGGCUGCUCUAUGGGAGGGACAUGGAGCAGCUCUUCAUGUGAUGGGGGGCAGAACCCCUCCCUUGGCCUGUCAUGGAGAGCCCCCCCCUCCAAAAGUUUGCCCCUUUGGGGGCCAAGGGGUUGUGGUCUCCUCAUGGGGAACACAAGGUUACAGGAGCCCCGUGCCAUAAGGGCAGGACUUGCCCCUGGGAGAGACUCCACCCAGGUUCAGCCUGGGCCCUGCACUGCCCUCUAUGCCUAGGCAGCUCUGACCCUGCCUGCUGGGCAUAACCACAGGGGCAUGUGGGGCCGAGGGGCAGAGAGACAGCCAGGGUAGUGGGGGAUGGGCGCUUUAUUGAGGAUAUAUCAUGCUUAUUGCUGUAACAGCCACCACGUUCAUGCAACAGCCACACACACAACAUGGACACACAGGGCUCCCUGAAGCUGGGGAGGGGAUCCCAACCCACUGGUGAGUGGGGUGGGUGUGGGGAGGAACAUAGUGUCACACUCACUCACAGCUCCACUGCCCUUAGGAGCCCUGCCCAGCAGGGCAGGACCAGAGCUGCCAUCCUCAGGCACCAUGCAGCGGGGCUAGGGUCCCGUAGAUCUGCACACUGAGAUGCUAGGCAGGGGGAAGGGGUCCUGGGCGGGGAGGUUCAAUGGGAAUAAAUCCUGGAGCAGCUGACUUCCAGGCAGUAGCAGCUCAGGAUGUUGGGUUGGGGGGGGCUCCCUCAGCAGGGAGCAGCAGCACUGGAGAUGCUGGGAUAGAAGCUGCUCCGCCAGUGGGGUGGGGGCUGGGGCAGGGCCCCUGAACGUCACAAUAAAUAAAGCAGUCUGGGGCGUUCAGCCCCCAAGUCCAUUGUUCUGGCAGCGCCCUGAUCCUGUCCUAGGUUCUGGGCCAGCUCCCCAAACGGGCCUCCCUGUACCGUGGCUCCAGGUGCCACUCACACCUCGAUGCUUGGGUCAGAGCCCAGGCCCUGCUUCUGCAGCAGCUCCUCCUGCUUCAUUUUGGGCUUCUCCGACCGCGUGUGCCAGACCAGAACCUGCAAUGGAGGAGUGCAGGACAGAGGUGGGGUCCAGAGAGAUCUCCCCAGACUGUGCCCCUCCCCCAACCAGCACCCCCAGCCAGUCACCAUAGCUGGGGGACUGAAGACACCUGGGACCAUCCUGCUAAGAGGCAAAAUUUCACAUUCCCCACUCCCAGCCCGGAAUAGAACCCAGGAGUCCUGACCUCCUGCCCUAACCCACUCGACCCACUGCGCUCCCAACACCACGGAUAAAACCCGGGAGUCCUGGCUCCCAGCCCCCUCCUCACCUUAGUGCAGUUGUCAGCUCGGGGCUCCAACUCUUCAAUGGAGACCAGUGACUGCAGCAGGCUGCUCUCCAGGUAGCCACGCUCAGCCAGCAAGUCAAACCGGGCCUCCCGAUUCGCCAGUAGCAGCUGCAGAGCAAUAGCGAAGCCGGCCAUGUCCAUGGGGAAGGGCCGGUUGGGCUUCCAGGCUGUGUAGAAGCCCACCACCCUGCCCUUCUCCACCAGGGGGCGCUCAAAGCGCAGGCCACCCACCAGCCCCACAGGCCAAACUGAGACACGCUUGGUGGAGCGGAUCUGUGGGGAAAAGAGAGGGGUGUCAGCAGCAGAAAGAGACCCCCACAUGGGGGAGGUGAGACAAAUGCCUCCCUGCCCUCCCCACCCCCUGCCUCCUGCCAUCCCGCCCUUCCCCGUCAUCCCACCCCGCCUCCAGCGCCCUGCCACCCACUCCCUUCCCCAUCACCCCAUCCCCUGCCUCCAGGGCCCUGCCGCCCCCCCCUUCCUCAUCACCCCACGCCCUGCUUCCAGCGUCCUGCUGUGACGAAGUGGGAAUUUUUUGUAAUAUUUUUAUGACACGUCUAAGUGUCUCCGUUUCCCCUGUACAGUGCAUUGUUACCCAGUGGUGGCGGGGGGACAGGGGACGGGGACGACAGACUGUUUGCUCUCAGGGCAGGCUAGGAGACAGAGGUGAGGGUGUUGCUGUCUGGGUCUCAAUCCCCAUUCUAGUGGAACACCUCAAAAGACACCAGACAAAUCCAAUUGUCUGGACAUUGCUUCCUAGCAAUCAACGACCCAGAAAUCUAUAGACUUCCAUGCCUCUCAGCAGGUGGGGGUGGGGAUGAUUGAGCAAUAUUUCCCCAGGUUGAGAUCCAAGGACUGGAGUGAUGGGGGGGAAAGAGUGGGUGGCUGGAGGCAGCCAGAGCUCUCACCUGGAGUCUGACAGAGGAGAUCAGAUGGAAGGUCAGUGAGAGCUUGCACCAAGGAGCUCACUACAGCUUGGCUGGGCUCUGGGCUAACCAGACUGGACUGUGCUUUAACGUCUGUUCUCUGUGCUAACCUAAGGACUCCCUAUGGUGUAUUCCAGAGGACUAAUAAACCCAAGUGUUUUGACAACA